AUGGUAGAUGAAUAUAAAGAAAUCUGUUUUACUGUCUGUAUCUCUGCUAUUGUAGUGCCUGCCCAGAUAUACAUUUGCUCAGUGCUAGAUAACACUUUCUCUGCAAUGGAGGAAUUGAAUGGACUUUUCAUCUGCUUAUUUCUCCUCUUCCUGAGUGCAGGAUUCUUUUGCUCAAAUGUAGAACACCGCCUUUAUGAGGAUUUGUUGAAGUCCUACAAUCCAUAUAUUCGGCCUGUGAAGAACGUGUCUGAUCCAGUCAUUCUCCACUUUGAAGUAUCAAUGUCUCAGCUUGUUAAAGUGGAUGAAGUCAACCAGAUCAUGGAAACAAACCUGUGGCUGAAACAUCUAUGGAAUGACAACAAGUUGCAAUGGAACCCAAGUGAAUAUGGUGGUAUUGAAUUUCUUCGAAUUCCUGCCAGUCAGAUCUGGAGACCUGAUAUUGUCCUGUAUAACAAUGCAGUGGGAGCAUUCCAGGUGGAUGAUAAAGCCAAAGCAGUUGUGAAAUAUUCAGGAGAUGUGACCUGGAUCCCUCCAGCUAUAUUCAAGAGCUCCUGUAAGAUAGAUGUGACAUUUUUCCCGUUUGACUACCAGAACUGUUCUUUAAAGUUUGGUUCCUGGACAUACGACAAAGCAAAAAUCGAUCUAGUGAUGAUUGGUUCUGAAAUUAACCUGAAAGAAUUCUGGGAAAGCGGAGAGUGGGUCAUUAUCAAUGCUCCAGGAUACAAGCAUGAAAUUAAGUACAACUGUUGCGUAGAAAUCUACCAGGAUAUCACAUACUCCCUGUAUAUACGACGGCUGCCAUUGUUCUAUACUAUUUAUAUAAUAAUCCCAUGCCUUCUUAUGUCCUGCCUGACCAUCUUAGUUUUUUAUUUGCCUUCUGAUUGUGGAGAGAAAGUUACCUUGUGUAUGUCUGUUCUUUUAUCUUUAACAGUCUUUCUUCUGGUUAUAACAGAAAUCAUUCCCUCUACAUCCCUAGUCAUUCCCCUUAUAGGUGAAUAUCUGCUUUUCACAAUGAUAUUCGUAACCCUUUCUAUAGUUAUAACUGUAUUUGUGCUUAAUGUGCAUUACAGAACUCCAAAGACACAUACCAUGCCCCAGUGGGUAAAGAAGAUUUUCUUGCAUUUGCUUCCAAGAAUCAUGUUUAUGACUAGGCCAGAAAAGAAACUGUAUGCAUUGAAGCCUCACGCAAACUUGGACAUUUACAAUAUAAAUAGCACUAGCAGUUCUGAUAUCCGAAGCUGUCAAGACCAAUUGUAUUAUCAGGACAGUUCAUGUGCAUGUGGCCAGCUGAGACGACUUUACACCUCAGACAUUGCCUGUAAUAUCACGAGAGGCUCCAGUUUAGAUUCUGUGUAUAAUCUAGGUCUGCAUUUAGGUCCAGGACUAUCACCAGAGAUAAGAGAAGCCAUAGGAAAUAUACGUUUUAUUGCUGAGAAUAUGAAGGAACAGGAUGAAGCCAAAGAGAUACAAGAUGAUUGGAAAUAUGUUGCAAUGGUAAUCGACCGUAUUUUCCUGUGGGUUUUUGUACUGGUCUGUAUUCUGGGAACUUCUGGACUUUUCUUACAACCGCUGUUGUUCAGUGACUAAACACUUCAGGGUUUACACAUUUGAAAAUCUAUUUAUCUAUUUACAGGUUAAGGAUCUAUUAUCUGGAAUGCCUAGGACAUGGAGUUUUC